CUUCAAUUCGAUAAGACAUCAAAAGAAGUUUUUAAACACCCCAAAACAUUAAGAUGAAGUACCUCUUCGUUGUUGCCCUUAUUGCCUUGGCCAUUCAGUGUGCCUACUGCGCAACCGGAACAACUACGACAACUACAACAACCGCUGCCUCGACCACAACAACAACCACAGAUGCAACAACCACUACAACCGCCUCUUCCACCCACAAAAAGCGUUGCUGGAAGGGCAACAACUGGUGCCACACCAGGAUUCCCAAUAAGAAGUGCAAGCAUCCGAGAAGGUGCCACAAGACCGUUGUUAUUGUAACCCACAGGAAGAACUAAAUCCAAAAAUAAAAAAUA